AUGCGAGUGAUUUUCACGCCUCGUCGUUGCCCCUCAUCAGCCGAGAUGGGGAAAAGUUUGGGGAUCAAAAAAUCCACAACACGUGUAUUCGUCUCUUUUGGGAGAAUGUGGAUCAUCCGUGGGCCCGGUUCAGUGAUAUUCCAAAUGAGGCUCUUAUACAGAUGUUUUCGCGUUUCGGGACCAAGGUGGCAUUCACAAGAGAAUGAGAACAUAUUUGAUGCAUUCAAGUGUGUCCUUAAGGAUAGAUACAGAGAUAGGAUGAAAGGUAUCAGGAGACAAUCUGCCAACAUGGCACGAAAUGAUGGGAAACCCCUCCCCCCAAAGUUUUGUAGCUACUAUGAUGGGAUGCAUAACUACCGCCACGAACGCGUACCGGAGACUAUGUGGCAACGUUUGUGUGAUCAUUGGUCCACAGAGAAGUGGCAAAAGAAUUCAAAAAUCGCUCAGCAGAACCGCAACACCGCAGAUUCUAGUGGGUCAACAACAAGACACAUUGCGGGUAGUAUAGGAUUUGACCAGCACCGCAGGAAAUUAGAACAAUUGAUGGGUAAACCACCCACACAGUAUGAUGUUUUCGUGAAGACGCAUGGCACUGCCGAGUCAAAGAAAAAAUAUUUUGAGGGACAUCAUGAAAAUCUUGAAUAUUGCUCGCAGACGGCCAAAGAAGCACAAGAGGCGUAUCUGCAGGGGUUGGUCAACAAAUUUGGUGAGGAUCCUUCAAAUCGUAAGGAUGAUGUAGGUGUAUGGGAGGAAAGCCAACUUAGAAGAAAAGGAAAGAAGAAGGGUGCUAUCUAUGGGAUAGGAGCAUCAGAUAUAUAUUUUUUGGUUUUAGGGACUCCAUCUUCCCAAUCCACCCAGUCCACCCAGUCGGAUAGCAUGCAACAAGAGGUUCAUAGGUUGCGUGCGCAAGUUUCUGUCAUGGAACAACAACAACAACAAAUGAUGAAAGAACAAAUGGAGAUGGUUAUGAGGAUGAUAAAUAUGUCUGGAAAUCAACCCCGUGGUCCCCCCGAUAAUCCACCCGAGGACAAUUGAUAAGUAUUUUGGAACAAUUGAUAAGUAUGUUGGAACAAUUGAAUUUGUCAACACUUGUAUUGUUUGCUUGUUUUGUUAUGCUUAAUUUGUAUGGUACUUGAGACAUUUGUAUGGUAUUUAAGACAAUGGAAUUGAAUGUGUUAAAGUUGGUAUUAGGGACAUUUUUUGGUGUAUUUUGGACAAAUUGAAUUGAUAUG